AAGGUUUUUGUCACCUGGUUUUGCAUGUGCUCCUCUAUGACAUUUUGUAUUUCCUUCUAAACUAUUAUUCUACGCAAUCAUUUAUAUCUUCAUUUGACUAUUACCAUCGAUUUUUUUGUUCACAACAUAAUUAUUUUACCAGUUAUAUUUUUCAUCCAUUCAGAUCAAACUUUGACUGCUAUUUUCAUUUUAUUACAUUAUGUAUUCAUUCAAAUGUCCGUAUAGUAUGAAUGAAAAUAUAUUUCUGUACUGCAGAAGAGGUUACAUUUGUACCAGAACGUGUUGAACUGAAUUUAUUCAGUUAAGUAUGCGUCGGUUAAUGUAUUUAUUAAUUAGGUAAGGAAAAGAAAAAACAGUAUUCAGUGAGUUACUCACCAAAGGUGUGUAAGUAGAGACGUGUAUUUUCUUUGACUCCCAGAAAACAAAAAAAUCAAUUACGAUUUUUCUUUAAAGUUAAGAAAUGUCGAGAUGAAAAGCAGUUUCCAUAUUUUUACGUUUUUUUCUUUAUCAUAUUUUUUAAUCUUUUUUUUUAAAUAACUCCCAUAUCAACCUUCCUCUCCAUCUCUCACUCUGUUUCUCAUCUUUAAGCUUUUAUUUUAUUUUUAUCUCUCCCAAAAUUGUGAACCUGCAAAUCCCUUCUAAUUUUGGUAAAACUCGAUACGCAAUCGUACGUCUCUCUGUGUACUCCAUACUAUACUAAAAAGGUAAUUAUGAACUGGUUACCCGAGGAGGAGUUCAAAGGUCUCUCAGACAAUUUCUUUGAUGAUUUCAUCAACCAUAUCGAUUUUCCGCUAGAGGACAUCGACACCACCAAUGGUGAAGGUGAUUGGGACGCUAAAUUUAAAGAACUCGAGCCUCCUCCCAUGGAUAUGUUCACCACUUUUCCCUCUGAGUUCAACUCUUGUGGCGUUGCCAGCAAAGACGGGAUAAAGAAGAACGUAUCUGUUUUGUCUGAUGCUUCUGCAGCCUUGUCUGGCAUAAACAACACUCUACACCAAUCUUCAUCACAUCAUGAUGUCAAAGUCUCUAAGCUGUUUCAGUCUUCAAGCCCAGUGUCAGUUCUUGAGAGCAGCGACGGUUCUUUCUCGCCACAGAACUCCACAUCUCAGAGAUUGACUUUCCCUGUGAAAGGCUUGAGAAGCAAGCGCAAACGCCCCACUACACUGAGACGUAGACACCUUUACCCGUUUAAACCCGAGAAGCUAACCCCGGAGGAAUUAGAAUCCUCUGAGCAACAUGCCAAGAAGAAACGCAAGAUUUUCACCACCAACCACACAGUGUCAUCCAGUUCAGAGGGAUUAAACUCUGAUGGGGUAGUCAGGAGAUGCACUCACUGUGAGACAACCAAGACUCCUCAGUGGAGGGAAGGACCCAAUGGGCCAAAGACCCUCUGCAACGCGUGUGGAGUGAGGUUCAGAUCUGGCCGUCUAGUUCCAGAGUACAGACCAGCCUCAAGCCCGACCUUCAUCCCAUCUGUGCAUUCAAACUCACACAGGAAGAUCAUAGAGAUGAGGAGUAGGGAAGGUGAUCAGUUUGACAAGAGAGCAGUGUAGUUUUGACUUUUGAGUUUGGUCUCGGAAAGUUGAUGAUCCGCAGAAAUGGGAACUCACUGCAGGAAGAGAUGAUAUACAAAGUAGGGCGUUAGUGACUGUUUUAAAAGAAAUUAAUGAAGUGAGUUUAGAGGUAUAUUAUUACAUUGUGUUGUUUUAUUAUGUAUCUUUUAUCUUAUUAUGUCUGUUCCAUUUUGCAAGCAGUACGUUUGCAGAUAAACAUUUGGCUUGACAACAUCAGAAACCUUAUAAUAAAAAAGAGUAGAAACAGUUUU